AUGAGCUCCAGCCAGCCAGGGACCUGCCCAUGCCAGGGUGCUGCAGGCCGCCCAACCAUUCUGUAUGCACUUCUGAGCCCCAGCGUCAGGGACUGGCCCUCUGUGCCCCCAGCCCGUGGCCGCUGCCUGUGCAGGCAGCACCGGCCCGUCCGGCUGUGUACUCCCCAUCGCACCUGCCGGGAGGCCUUGGAUGUUCUGGCCAAGACGUUGGCCUUCCUCAGGAACCUGCCAUCCUUCUGCCAGCUGCCCCCCCAGGAUCGGCGAAAGCUGCUGCGGUGCUGCUGGGGCCCCCUCUUCCUGCUUGGGUUGGCCCAAGACACUGUGACCUUCGAGGUGGCUGAGCUCCCAGUUCCCAGCAUACUCAAGAAGAUCCUGCUGGAGGAGCCCACCAGCGGUGCAGGCAAUGGCCAGGUGCCGGAUCGGCCCCAGCCCUCACUGGCUGCGGUGCAGUGGCUUCAGUGCUGCCUGGAGUCCUUCUGGAGUCUGGAGCUGGGCCCCAAGGAAUAUGCCUACCUGAAAGGGACCAUCCUCUUCAACCCUGACGUGCCAGGCCUCCACGCCUCCUCCCACAUCGGGCACCUGCAGCAGGAGGCACACCAGGCCCUGUGGGAGGUCCUGGAGCCCUGGUGCCCAGCAGGCCAAAGCCGCCUGGCUCGUGUCCUCCUCACGGCCUCCACCCUCAAGUCCGUUCCACCCAGCCUGCUUGGAGACCUGUUCUUUCACCCUGUCAUUGGAGACGUUGACAUCGCUGUUCUCCUCGAAGACAUGCUUGUGCUGAGGUGA